UGGGCUGGCUCAAGAAUGUCUGGGUUGUAUUUGGGCUGUCAAAGGCCCGGUCUAAACUUGUUUCGACUCUCUCAUACGAAAGGAUGGUUCAAGAACCCUAGCGCUCUUGAAGGACAUUUGCGCCGAGUUGUUGGCACCAACGGAGGAAGAAUGGGUAUCGAUUUGGUUGCCGGAGGUAAGAGCAAGAAGACCAAGCGCACUGCUCCAAAAUCAGAUGACAUUUACCUAAAGCUCCUCGUCAAGUUGUAUCGGUUUCUCGUGCGGAGGACUGGUAGCAAGUUCAAUGCGGUGAUACUGAAGCGUCUCUUCAUGAGCAAGGUCAACAAGCCACCGCUCUCACUCUCUCGGUUGGUUCGUUUCAUGGAGGGAAAGGGUGAUAAGAUUGCCGUGGUGGUUGGGACAAUAACUGAUGAUGUCAGAGUCUAUGAAGUUCCUACCUUAAAGGUAACAGCACUGAGGUUUACAGAGACUGCAAGGGCAAGGAUUGAGAAGGCUGGUGGAGAAUGCUUAACCUUUGAUCAACUUGCUCUGCGAGCCCCUCUUGGUCAGAACACGGUUCUUUUUAGAGGCCCAAAGAAUGCUCGUGAAGCAGUGAAGCACUUUGGACAUGCUCCUGGUGUGCCCCACAGCCACACUAAACCCUAUGUUCGAUCAAAAGGAAGGAAAUUUGAGAGGGCUAGAGGAAGAAGAAAGAGCAGGGGCUUCAAAGUUUAAGUUUUUCUACUCAUCCGGAGAAAAUGCUGAGCUAUUGACCAACUUAAUACAAAUCCAUGAUGCAUCUAUUUCCCAACAUGCAGUUGUUCGUUUCCCUUUUGUCCCGUUAAAGCAAACAGUUUACAUUUGUCUUAGCAGGUUCCUGUCUGUGUCUUCUUUUGGAUAUUUUGUUUUUAAGGAUGUGUUUUUAAAUGUUUAAUGUUCCCUGCUGCCUGUUAUUGUGUUA